AUGCUGCGGUGCCUCAUUGGCUCGAUAGCGACAUCCACACUCCUCAACGUUGUUUUGGUCGCGCUCUGGUUCAGCAGCCCGACCGACCGAAUCGAGCUCGACGACGACGACGCACUCCCUCCCGACCUCAUCCGGCUGAGCAUGCCAGUUCCCGACGCCGCGAUGCGAUGCGGCACUCCGAUUCCACCCGAGUCAGCCUGGCGUACGACGCACGGCGCCGCUGCUGUCGCCAUCUUUGCGCGUGCCGAAGGCGGCGAGCGGAGGCAAAGCGCGCCGCAAAGCUAUGCAUGGCGCUACGCGAUUGAGAUUGAGAACGUUGGCGCGGCGACAGUGCAGCUGCUCACCAGGCACAUGGUGACGACGACCUCCGACGGCCGCGUCGAGGAGGUCAAGGGCGCCGGCGCCGGCGGCCGGCUGCCGGUGCUCUCGCCAGGCCAGCGCUACACCACCUCGGGCACUGCGACGCUGACGGCGCCUCUCGGAGCGAUGCACGGCUCCUUCCAGUUUGAGUCGCGGGGCGGAGGGGGCGCCUUCUCCGCCAGCAUCGGGCGAUUGCUGUUGGGGGAUCGGGGAGGACGGGCGCAGUCUGUGCCCUGCGCGCCCGAGGCGGACGUGCUGGCGAGGGAGCUGCCGCCAACCUCGGUGUUUAGCUCGUACCGAGUCCUCGUCGGCGCCACCGUCGAGUACGUCCCCAGCCGAUCGGACGCCGACCUGCUGCGCCACGCCUUUCAGUACGACGUCCACAUACACAACGGCCGUGCGGCGCCCGUCGUCAUCCACGGGAGGGAGUGGACCGUGCUCGACGCGCGCGGGGUGGCCCGCACCGAGAGCGGGGCCGGGCUGGGCGGCGUGGAGGCGACGGGCAAGGUGAGGCUCGAGCCGCAGCAGGGCCUAAAAUACCGAGGGAUGUUCGAGCUGCCGACCGAGACGGGCAUCGCCGCGGCGCGGUACGUGGUGACGCUCGAGGACGAGGACGAGGAGGACGAGGCGACCUACGACGUCCUGCUCGCGCCUAUGGGCGUCACGGCCGACGGGCGACCCGUGCCGCACAUCGCGCAGAAUGCAUUCGCCGCAGCCGCUGCUCUUUCGGAGCCGCUCCGCUCGGUCCCGGCGGGCUAG